CCGAGACACACGGAGACAGAUGGAAGAAUUUGAGAGCGCCAGGGAGAGAGAGAGCAAAUGUGAAUGGUAGAAUGAGCAGCAGCAGUACAGCCAAGUUCAUCAAGUGUGUGACAAUUGGAGAUGGUGCCGUUGGGAAGACAUGUCUUCUCAUCUCCUACACCAGUAACACCUUCCCAACUGAGUAUGUUCCAACUGUUUUUGACAACUUCAGUGCCAAUGUUGUGGUAGAUGGGCAGACUGUGAAUCUUGGGCUCUGGGAUACUGCAGGUCAAGAAGACUAUAACAGGCUGAGGCCUCUUAGUUAUAGAGGAGCUGAUGUUUUCAUACUUGCCUUUUCUCUCAUAAGUAGGGCCAGCUUUGAGAAUGUAUGCAAAAAAAAGUGGGUCCCAGAGCUAAGGCAUUAUGCCCCAUCAGUGCCCGUUGUUCUUGUGGGCACCAAACUAGACUUAAGAGAGGACAGACAGUAUGUCAUGGACUAUCCGGGGGCACGUACCAUUUCUACAGAACAGGGUGAAGAACUAAAGAAGCAAGUUGGAGCUCUAGCAUAUAUAGAGUGCAGUGCCAAGACCCAGCAGAAUCUGAAGGCUGUGUUUGAUACUGCAAUCAAGGUGGUUCUACAGCCUCCAAAGCCCAAGAAACAAAAGAGGAGGGGCUGCCAUAUUAUUUAGUCCAUGCUCCCCUUCCCCAACUUGAUCACUAGACUCCUUCUGUUCAUUUUCUUUCCUUGUGGGUGUUUGUGUAAAUUGUGACUUGAGCCGUGUGGUGACUGCAUUUCGUGAUGGGCAUGCCCUCGCUGUAUUUAUGUAAAUAGCAGUAAGACUGAAACGUGAAGUUGAGCUUGUCAGUAUCAGUAGGGUGGGGAUUCAUGUUCUGUGGUUCUGAUUUAACAAAAACUCUCUCCAAUAUUGUGUUCCUGAGGUUCCUUAAUUGGGUCCCUUUUAAAAGAACGAAUAUGCCCCUCCAUUGUUGACCCUAAUGCUGUAAUGCCCACAUGGUGUGGUUGAAUUGUCCAAAAUCUAAAUGAGAGUUUGCUGUAAUGGGCACGUUGAGAAUGA